AUGGCUCUCGACUCUGUACAUAAGCCUCGUCCGAGCUUCCAAUUCAUCCCAUCAAAUGGCAACCGGCCUCUGGAAACUCAAAGCCCAUUAAAGCCCCGUUUGGGUCGAGUGACGCUUUCUCGCCCAGGGUCAAACUCGGUAUCUCUUGAAACACCUAAUCUCUUGACUACUACCUCUCGGGGCUUGAUACCACAUCUAUCACGCGACCAUGUCGGAUUGACGAAGGCCAUCCGAUGGACGCACAUACCCUUUGAAUCAUUCCUAGACCGCACACCACCGGUACCCACUUUGCAAAGCGGAACGACCCCUUUGCACACAUUCCUGGGAUAUGCCCCCGAACAGAGUAUAUUGAGCAUGUCGCUUCGGGAUCCGGCAGAUGACAGAGAGAUGCCCCCGAAUGGCCACGAUUUUGUCUCUGCCUACUGUAUUCGUGGCGUAAAGAAGGUAUCCCCUCAGCUAUAUCGCUCCUUGGUACUCUCAACGAAACCGGACUUGGUAGUUGCUCUGUCGGAUACGCCCUUUACACCCCACCCUCAUUCGCAAAAGCGUCUCACCAAAAGCAUCGAGCGGAGCCUGGCCUGGAUUUCGGGUUUAAUCGGUCAGCCACCACCCGCGGCGCCCCAGGAUCCUACCAAUGCUCCUUUGGCGACGACGACGGGAGCCCUUGCGGCGUCUCCACUAGCACCGGAGCUUGGCAGUCCUGCACAUCAACUCAACGUACUGGUUCACAUGGCCGGUGGGACCGCCCUUCCGGCUCGGCAAGCGUUUAGCGAAGGGUUGGUGGAGAUGUUAUUCGGCCCAGAGCACGAAGCCAUCAAGCCAUAUCAGCGGCUGAGUGACGGCGUUUGCGGGUUCAAAUUCGAUCUGGCCCCCUUGCGGAAUGCAUUGCUCGCCGAGAAAGGUAAUAGCAUUGCUACGGAAGACGGCACGGCCACUCAAGGCUCUGGACCCUCGUCGAGGAAGGCAAAACAAGACAGUGCUGUGGUUACGCAACAUGCCAGGCUGCUGGCCAUGAAAUCAGAUCCAAGCAUAGCGAUCCCCACGUCAGCGCUCGUUCCCCUGCUGCGCGCCUCCCUCGGACCACUCGUCGAGGACCAAUUGACCCCACGUUCGGCGCCUGCCAAUCGCGACAAGAUCCGCAUUGCAAACACCGCCAAGGGACCACACGAGAUGCUUCAGCUUAUAGCGGAAGUCGGUAUCGACCUCUUUGACGCGCGCUGGGCUCAACGUGCGGCCGAUAUCGGGGUCGCGCUGGACUACGUCUUCCCUGCCCCGGCCUCGACGGAUGCGAAGAAGCACGGACCCGCUGUGAGAACUGGCGGAAAGCGCGACCUCGGGCAUAACCUGUACAGUCCGGCGUACGCGCACGAUUUCGGACGCCUUUCCGCGGAAUUCGCGGAUGGAUUGAGCGCAUCGGGUUCUGCAGACGGAGAUAUCAAGGUCUGCCCGUGCGCUUCUUGCUCCCCAGUGUCCGAUCCGGCGGGGCCCAUCGUCCACAGCCGCGUUGACAGUGAACGUGGUGCCGCGGCGCGAUCUUCGCCACCGUCGUUCGAUCCGCCGUUCUCCCGGGCGUACAUACACCACCUCUUGCACACGCAUGAGAUGUCUUCGCACGCGCUGUUGGUGAUGCAUAAUCUUGCGGUGAUGGACGAGUUCUUUCGGGGCGUUCGAAACGUCAUUGCACGUUCGCCGUCCUCUGAUGUUGCCGACUUUAUUUCCGAGGUUGAGCGUUUUGGUGAAUUCUACGACGAAGAGAUGACGGUGUUUGAGGAGGCGAGAAGCGCGUGGCGCGAGGUGGAGCUUGCGAGAGGACGAGGACGUUUAGCAAGAGAGCGCGAGAAGGAAAAGCAGGAAGAGGCAACUGUUGGAACCGUUGUCAACUUUGAAUGAAGAACAACGUUCUCUCCUCCACGAAAGCGCGCCAAGUGACCGUCCACGCCUGUGACGAUGUCAUUGGUGAUGAAUGCACGUUAUGGUCGCCUAUGUUGACAGAACCGAAACUCGCGGUCUCCGGCGAGCGUAUUCCGCGAGGAGCCGAUUGUUCCUGUCUCCGAUUGCGAUGCUAUGAUGUUGAAAAGGUUAGGCGUGCCCUCGUGCUCCCGUCUUGGUUUCGGGCAGCGCAGAACGAAGCAAAACACUGAAGCGAAUGGUCCCUUGCCGUUGCAGCGGUUGACAGUUAUACGGUAGUUGAGAGCAUCUUUGCGGAGGUCAACCCAACCAGGCAGGCAGAGCCAAUUCGUCCCAUGUCGAUUGCCAGGCAUCUUGAUGAACGUUUCCCAUUGUAUGCAGGUAGUCAAGGCAGAGUGGCAGUAACCACCGCUCGCUGAUUAUCUUCCAAGGUAAAUGCAGGAUUGGGUAGAAUGUUCUGUCUGGCUGGAACCAACGCGCAAACUCCGCAUCUCGGCGUGCCCUACAGAAUCCGGGAGUGUGACAGCUUGGUCGCAGGCGUUGAAACAACGCAGGAUGCAUGCGAAUUGGGCUUGUUUCAACCUACGCGAUGCUUCCAAAAAGAUCGACACUUGUUGUUGCUAGGCUCUAGAAGCUUCGUAGGUAGCCAAAAGCUGUCGCUCACAAAGAAGAGAGCCGGUAUGAUGCUGUAAAUGCGACGCUGGAUCGCAAAUCCGGCAAACUCACAUUCCUGAUCAUCGUUAACCGGUCC